AUGGUGAAACGUGGAAAAUGUGUUAACUAUCGAGAGAAGCAAUACUCACCCUAUCUACCUAUAGAUAUUGGUGACAUCCGCCAAGAAGACUGUCUUGGCAUGAUCUGGACAGAAAUUAAAAAGGAGCUCAUUGAUAUUAAGGAUGAGGAUUCUGGUUAUGACCUUGACACCAACUAUUAUUAUCCAAAUGAGGUGGACAGUUACCAGCACGUUGAUGAGUAUGAAUGGAUGCCAUUGAACUUUGAUAGCAGAAUCUGA